UCGGUCAGCUCUAAAACGUCCCGAGUCUGAGCUCAACAGCUCAUUUCAGUAUUUAUCUCCUCUCGAUCUCCUUCCGCUGGCCCAUUUGCGCCCCAAUCUCGAAACCCCUCUCUUUCUGGUUCGAUCCAAAUUCGAAUCCAUCAAUCCAUCAAUCCCUCAAUACUUCCUUCCCCUCCAAUUCCGCUUGUUUGGAACAGGGGAGGGAGAGAGAGAUCACAAGAAUAUUUGGGAUCGUCGCCUUUUGCAUCGAGAGAGUAGUGGAGAUGAGAAGGUAUCGCAAUGGGGAGAUAUGGAACUUCGAGAGCCAGACGCCCGCGGGCGGCGCCGGCGUCAUCCUGGGCCUCGACGGCGGCACCACCUCCACCGUCUGCGUCUGCCUGCCGGCGGCAAUGCCCCUCGCCAGCGCCCUCCCCGACCCCCUCCCCAUCCUCUCCCGUGCCGUCGCCGGUUGCUCCAACCACAACUCCGUCGGAGAAACUGCAGCCAGAGAGACCCUAGAGGAGGUUAUGGCUCAAGCCCUUUCAAAGGCUUGCUCUAAUCGUGCAGCUGUCCAGGCAGUUUGCUUAGCUGUAUCUGGAGUAAAUCAUCCUAUGGAUCAACAGAGAUUACUGGAUUGGCUCAGAGACAUAUUUCCAAGCCAUGUCCGGUUCUACGUAGAAAAUGAUGCUGUGGCAGCACUGGCAAGUGGCACGAUGGGAAAGCUCCAUGGCUGUGUACUGAUUGCAGGCACAGGCACCAUUGCUUAUGGGUUCACUGAAGAUGGAAGGGAAGCCCGAGCUGCUGGUGCAGGACCAGUCUUGGGGGAUUGGGGAAGUGGGUAUGGAAUUGCUGCGCAGGCGUUGACUGCAGUGAUCAGGGCACAUGAUGGUCGUGGACCCCAAACAAAACUAACAAAAAACAUUCUUGACAUACUUGGUCUUUCUUCACCAGAUGAACUAAUUGGGUGGACCUAUGCUGAUCCCUCUUGGGCUCGUAUUGCUGCACUAGUUCCAGUAGUGGUAUCUUCAGCUGAAGAAGGUGACGAAGUUGCAAACAGAAUAUUAUAUGAUUCAGUCCAAGAGUUGGCUGAUAGUGUCAUAGCUGUUGUCCGAAGACUUAGAUUGUGUGGCAAAGAUGGAAAGGAUCCAUUCCCACUUGUUAUGGUUGGAGGUGUUCUUGAAGCGAACAAGAAAUGGGAUAUAGGGAAAGAAGUCAUAAAUUGCAUCUCCAAGGUUUACGCUGGUGCUCAUCCUAUUCAACCUAAGGUGGAACCAGCUGUCGGGGCAGCGUUGCUAGCUUGGAAUCAUUACAGUAAAGAAUUUACGGGUGAUCACGGCAGUUGACCUGACUAAAGUUAUCCAACUUCUGAAGAAAGUGUCUACCGUACAGUAACACAUUUACAGAUAGGAGAUUAACAUGAAAGCUGAAAAAAGGGAAAAUUGCUCUGCUGUCAGUAGCACCUCCAUUGGCAUUAAAACUUUGGGCAGUUGUUUGACCUGAUUACUGAAUUUUAUACCCAGUGCAUGCAAAUUCCAUCUUUUUCCUUCUGUCAAUUCUUGGCUCGUAGCAUACAAUGUAAAUGGAAGAGAAGUGAAUAGAAAUGUCAUUUGGUUCUCGAUUUUUUCUUUUU